AUAUUGAUCUUUCCAAUUUGGCACCUCCUGAGACAGAAGUCCCUGCUAAUGGGUCUUCCCAUUCUACUGGGGGUGACUCCAUUUAUGAUGCGCCACAAGAGGUCAGACCCCUUUCUAAUGGUCGCAUUAACAUCACAAUCGUCCAACAACCUCCUUCUGAUGUUGUUAUCGACAAUGCCACAUCACAUCUAAAUGUCAAGUCCCCCUGUUUUGAGACAUUGGGCCCACUUCUGAAAAAGGUGGCCAAGAGCUAUUCCCCUGUUCGCAAUCACAAUUAUCGUGUCUAUAUUUUGGAUAAGAAGCAGUGGUCCAUCAUGGGCCAUUACAAUGUAGUAGUUGAGGAUGAUGAGGAUGCUAUUUGGGAGGAGGAUGACAUUGGUAAAGUUACACAUAUUCUUCUGGAAAACGACCAUGAGCAAAUGGUCGCUUCUGCGAUUCCACCAUCAUUUCAUCAGUGCUCUGUCUCUCUAGGCUCUCAUUCAGGAUCUGUUCCUCGCUCUUCGUCUGUUGCUUCUGAUUCUCGUGGACAGUCUCGGGCAUCAUCUAUUAGUAGAUCUGAGGUGACUGGUCCUUCAAAGCUUUCUAGUGCCAACAAAGCACUUCUGUUAGAAUAUCUUGGGAUUGACAGAGAUCUUGCUUCUCUGGAUAAGGUUGGGUUACAGUCAGCCUAUCAGAAGUUUAAGGCUAUCAUCAAUGCUACACCUAAAGUUAUGGGCUUGAGCAAGGAUGCUGAGUGGAAGUCGCAGUUUGAUGAUGGAGCUGCCUGGGUUCCCAACAUUGUUGACUUUAUCCAUAUCUUUAUCGCUAAGACUCAGUUCUACCAAGUCUGGAAGCCUACAUUCCUAAGAGCAGAGGAAUAUCCAGAUAUGCGAGACUGGCUUAAUGAGGAGGAGGAUUGCCUUGCUACUGAGGAUUUGUGGGACUUAAGGAGCAGUCGAGUGCUGAGCUUUCCUGAUUUGAAGAAAUGGCUUGACAAAAAAGAUCGUGAGGGAGAGUUGAAGAAGCGUGGUGAUCUGAAGGGGAAGAGAAAAGCUCCAGACAGUCCCAAGAAGAAUCGUGAUAAAGAUAAACAUGUGGAGCAGAGAAAGCACAAGAAGUUGAAGCAGGCAAGGGUUAGGGAUUUGGAUGAGGAAGCUUCUGACACUGCGGGCCCUGGCUUAUAUAUCCACUGGGAAUAA